AUGAGCCAGGGUGCCGAAGAACCAGCAGGUGAAGCUUCCAAUAUCCCUGUCGAUUUGCAAGAAAGAUAUUCGCAUUGGAAGAAGAACACUAAACUCCUUUAUGAUUACCUGAAUACAAAUUCGACGAAGUGGCCUUCUCUAACAUGCCAAUUCUUUCCUGAUUUAGACACCACGUUGGAUGAGCAUCGGAUCUUAUUAUCCUCAUUUACGUCUUCUCAAAAACCCGAAGACGAGACUAUUUAUAUUAGCAAAAUAUCCACUUUAGGUCAUAUAAAAUGGUCAUCUCUAAAUAACUUCGACAUGGACGAAAUGGAAUUCAAACCAGAAAACUCAACCAGACUACCCCCAAGUCACUUGGUCGAUGAUAUCAGCAUUUUCUUCCCAAAUGGAGAUUGUAAUAGAGCAAGAUAUUUACCACAAAAUCCAGAUAUCAUAGCAGGCGCAUCUUCAGAUGGUGCGAUCUAUAUUUUCGAUAGAACGAAACAUGGAUCCACUAGAAUAAGGCAGUCCAAAAAUUCGCAUCCGUUUGAGGCCAAGCUAUUCGGCUCGCAUGGAGUCAUUCAAGACGUGGAGGCCAUGGAUACUUCCUCGGCAGACGCAAAUGAAGCCACAUCAUUGGCCUGGAACCUACAGCAGGAAGCACUCCUACUGUCUUCCCAUUCCAACGGUCAAGUUCAGAUUUGGGACAUUAAACAAUAUUCACAUGAGAAUCCUCUAAUAGAUACACCCUUAGUAUCAAUAGAGAGCGAUGCGAGCGGUGUGAAUGAUGUAACGUGGAUGCCAACACAUGAUUCACUAUUUGCUGCUUGCACUGAAGGAAAUGUUGUUUCGUUAUUGGAUCUAAGGACCAAGAAGGAGAAGCUAAGGAGCAACUGUCAAAACCACACAGGUGGCGUAAAUUCCUGUAAGUUUAAUUACAGGAACUCUCUAGUAUUAGCAUCUGCAGAUUCAAGCGGAAGACUAAAUUUGUGGGAUAUUAGAAAAAUGAACGAAAGCCCAAUCACUACCAUGGAACAUGGUGCUUCCAUUUCCACUUUGGAGUGGAAUCCAAAUUUCAGUACGGUGUUGGCUACAGCUGGCCAAGAGGAUGGGCUAGUUAAGCUAUGGGAUACUGCCCGCGAAGAGACUAUAUUUACACACGGUGGCCACAUGCUUGGAGUAAAUGAUGUCUCGUGGGAUGUGCAUGAUCCGUGGUUAAUGUGCAGUGUGGCAAACGAUAAUUCGGUUCAGAUUUGGAAACCUGCGGAAAACCUCGUGGGACAAGAACAACCUUAA